AUGGUUGAGGAUGCUCAUAAAGGGGAUUAUUAUAAAGAGAAAUGGCAGCUUCCUAAUUAUAAAGCCUUUGACCAAAUCCCUCGCCAAAACCGAGACUCGAACUCCAGAAUCCAUUUCAAGAAGAGACAAGAUCUUCCAAUGGCUAUCCCGACAUUUUUUCUCCAAGGUGCAGCAGCAUCAGCCUUGCAAACAAUAUUAAAGCUGCGAGUUGAAGGUGUGACAAAAUAUGGAAAGAUAUCCGACAAAGAAAUCAGCGAGGACGCCACCCUGGUUCUCAAGGCCUGUGAAGCUCUGCAGAAAACUCGCGACCAGGAACACGUCAUUCUAGACGAAGGCAUUGUGUGUGCAUGCACAAAGACGCUUGUACAGACCCUCAGCCAUACCACUCUUUUGAAAUUGGCUCUCAUCACUUGGCAUUUCGACGCAUCUGGAGAGCCUUCGGAAGGUCUGAGCCGAUUUCUCAGACAACCCGGAAAUAGUGCAGUCUGGGAAGCAGUCCAUUCUGGAUACCGGCAGUCAGAGAAAAAGGAUGUGUCUCUUCAGAGUUUCAAAAUUUCUCAUGACUUUUUGCUUUGGCCAGCUCUGUGCUGA